CGAGUCAUGGAGAUGAAGGCCGUGUGCGUGUUGAAGGGCCAGGGCCCGGUGGAGGGCACCAUCCACUUCGUGCAGAAGGGAAGUGGGCCUGUUGUGGUAUCAGGAACCAUUACAGGGCUGACUGAAGGCGAGCAUGGAUUCCACGUCCAUCAGUUUGGAGAUAAUACACAAGGCUGUACUAGUGCAGGUCCUCACUUUAAUCCUCUGUCCAAAAAACAUGGUGGGCCAAAAGAUCAAGAGAGGCAUGUUGGAGACCUGGGCAAUGUGACUGCUGGCAAGGAUGGCGUGGCCAUUGUGUCCAUAGAAGAUUCUCUGAUUGCACUCUCAGGAGACUAUUCCAUCAUUGGCCGCACCAUGGUGGUCCACGAGAAACGAGAUGACUUGGGCAAAGGUGACAAUGAAGAAAGUACACAGACAGGAAACGCCGGGAGUCGUUUGGCUUGUGGUGUCAUUGGGAUCGCCAAGUAAAUAUUC